AUGCCCCGCCGCACCCGCCGCCGCGCCCGCCACCUCGUCAACGGCCAGCGCUUUCUGCGCCGCGUCUCGCACCGCGUGCCGGUCGGCUUCGAUUCGGACCCCGACACGGACAACCCACGCGAGCACCUCCAGCUCCCAGACCCCGACACGGCCAUCGUCGCCACUGCUCCCCUCCAACGCCGCUUCACGGCCCACCACCUGGCCAGCUUCAUCGAAAGUGUCCGUGACGCGCAGAAUUGGAUCCUGGGCGUCGACGGGUCCAACCGGCGCACCCCCAUGUACCGCAGCGUCAACCACACUUUUCUGACGCCGGAGGAACAGAGACUUUUGUACCUCGUGCGGGAGCUCUACAAACGGGUGUGA